UCGCAUCUCUGCCUUGCAUCUGCCUUGCAUCUCUGCCCUGCAUUGCGUUGCAUCGACUGGCUCUGGCUCCUGGCUGUGCUCGGCGGCCUCUCCUGUUGUCGCUCGCCAUCGUCUGCCUUUGCUCUUCCCUGUCGUCUCCAGCGCACUCCCCCCCCUCCUCUGCUUCUCGCCCUUGCCUCUCCACUGCCCUCGUCCCGCCAAUGAUAUCCUUCGUCUGCACAUGGUCCAGAAUCGAUCUACCAGUGCUCGCUCUCACCUAGCCUACACCCCAUCUACCGCUGUUCCUCCCCUUGGGUAGAUCGCUGCCUCCAUGGAACGAAGCUCUGGCUCCGGCUCUCCCGAGCCCCACUCGGAAUACGAUCACAAGCAAGGCUCGGAGGACUUGUCUUCCUCCGCUCCAACCCCUGGGCAGGUUGCCUUCCAGACUGCUCUUGCUCGCCAGGUCCAGGUCGUCGCCCAGCGAGAGCGCCAGCUGCAGGAAAAUCUGCGCCACCGUGACGGCUCCAGCGACACCGCCGACGGCAACAGGCACCCUGAAGGCGACGACGGUCGCCCCGCCAGCGAGAGCCGCCAGCAUCAAGAACAUGCUGCCGACGACGGCGCUUCGUCGGAGGGCCAUGGUGACGAAGCUCAGGAGCGUUCAAAAGAUCUCCAGCACGGCCGCAGCCCAGAACCCGGCUCCGGUCCAGAGCACGGCCACAGUCACCAGCAAGGGAGCAGCUCGGCCCCGUCGGCGAUCGACGAAGAGGCCCUCAAGGCCCUCGGCCAAAACUUUUCUGCCUCUGCAGCGACCAGCGGCUUGCUCGUCCUCAGCACAACCGCCUUGGCCAACGGCAAGCAGAGCCUUCCAAUCCCGCCCGGCAUCAACAAUCCCUUUGCGGCCUUCUACUACUCGCACGCCCUGGCCUCGGCCGCGCCCGGCCUGGACCCGUUUACCUUCAUGGCCCGCAACCAUCUCGCAAACUCGUUCCCGCUGAGUUUGAUCCAAGAGGCCGCCAUGGCUGCAGCCCAGGGACAGGCUACCGACGAGACACUUGAGCGCCAGUCCGACGAGGGAUCGGAGACGCAUCCUGGAUCCCCUGACCACAAUGCCAAGGAAUUCAAGCAUUUCUGCCCAACUUGCAACCGCGCAUUCUCUCGCGCAUACAACCUCAAGAGCCACAUUCGCACCCAUCACGAUCACCGACCCUAUGUUUGUCACGUAUGCCAGCUUCGGUUUACCAGAAACCACGACUUGAGCCGACACCUGCGGACCCACUCGAAGGAAAAGUCCCACAGCUGUGAGCAGUGCGGACGAAUGUUUGCAAGACGCGACGCCCUCCGUCGACACGAGCUCAUGAACCCCGAAGGCAAGAAGAUCCACUGCGUGAGCCCAAUCACUGUCGACGCUCAUCUCGACCAGACGUCGGCCGUGGUGAUGGACGAUGCCAUGGCUGAUCCUAUCGCCCAGGUCGCUCAACUCUCUGCAGCGCAGGCAUCCCAGCUUCAAGCCCAUGUUGCCUUGCAGGUCCAGGCACAGCUCCAGGCGCAGAUGGCUGCAGCGGCUCAGAGCGGCGCCACGCCCGCAGAGGUCUCGGCCGCGGUGACGGCCGCAUUCCAAAAUGCCCAGAGCCAGCUUGUUGCCAGCGGCAUCGUCGGCACGUCGACUGAGGAGCAUCACGAUCAUGAUCACAGUUCGAUGGGCGAAACUCGGAUCAACGAAGCCCUCUAGCGCCGCCUCAGUUUUUGGUCGCGGAACGCUCUUUUGCCUCUCUUGAGUGCCUCUCCCCCUUGGCAGAUUCGCGCGCUGAGGCGAAGAUGGCGUCUUCAGCCCUCUGGAAUGUUUCCGCCUCGCCUCCCAUCUCUGUUUUGUUGGAGCUGCCGUGCCCCUUUCCUUGCACUCGAUGCUAACCCACCCCAGCACCACACGAGUGCAUCUUGGCCAGAUUUGUCUUCUCCCACCCGCUGCCGCUUGGACAUUGAUCCACGACAGACAUUUCUUCACCACCGGUGCCACGCUUGCUUUUCGGUUGUUUGCUCUUCAGUACCCCUUGCGUCCGCCGAUAUCACCAUGUAUAUACAGUCUAUUUAGUGGA